AUGUCUACUACCACACCCAAAGCAGACCCUUUUCGACCUGCAGCUAGAGUCGCGGGGCAACGGCAAGAUGUUUGGUCUAUCGUUAAUGAAGCAGCCGCGGCUUCCCCGGUGCAGCCAAUUGUGAAUAUGGGACAGGGGUUUUUUGGCUACAAUCCUCCCAAGUUUGCGCUCGAUGCUGCCAAAGAGGCUCUUGACAAGGUUGAUUGUAAUCAGUAUUCUCCCACCAAGGGUCGUCCUCGCCUGAAGAAAGCUAUUGCCGCUGCUUACUCCAAGUCAUUUGGUCGUGAACUUGACCCUGAGACCGAGGUUACCAUUACAACUGGCGCGAAUGAGGGAAUGUUGAGUGCAUUCAUGGCUUUUAUCGAACCAGGAGAUGAGGUUAUUAUCUUCGAGCCUUUUUUUGAUCAGUAUAUUAGCAACAUUGAAAUGCCGGGUGGCACCAUUCGAUACGUUCCUUUACUUCCUCCCAAAGAUGGUGCAGUCAAGACUUCUUCGGCUUCUCACUGGACAAUUGAUUUUGAGCAAUUGGAGAAGACGAUCAAUUCAAAGACAAAGAUGAUUGUCCUCAACUCACCACAUAACCCCGUCGGAAAAGUAAUGACACGCGAAGAACUCGAGCGAAUCGGCCAACUCGCCGUCAAUCACAACAUCAUUAUUCUGUCUGACGAAGUCUACGACAGACUCUACUAUGUCCCUUUUACUCGCAUCGCAACUCUGUCUCCAGAGUUAUACGAACGAACCCUCACCGUGGGCUCAGCCGGUAAAGCGUUUUAUGCCACUGGAUGGCGCGUGGGAUAUCUCAUCGGACCUCCGCAUUUGAUUAAAUAUGUUGCUGCUGCGCAUACCAGGAUAUGUUACAGUAGUGUAUCCCCGUUGCAGGAAGCUUCGGCGGUGGCAUUUGAGAAGGCCGACGCGGAGGGAUUCUGGGAGGAAUCGCGGAAUGAAAUGCAGGGAAAAAUCAGACGAUUCUGCGAAAUUUUCGAUGAACUUCAGAUUCCUUACUCCGACCCAGAAGGCGGCUACUUUGUCCUCGCAAACAUGUCCUCCGUCAAACUUCCCCAAGACUACCCCUUCCCACCACACGUAGCCCACCGACCUCGCGAUUUCAAACUGGCUUGGUUCUUAAUCAAGGAAGUCGGGGUAGCGGCAAUCCCGCCUACGGAGUUUUAUACGGAUGAAAAUGCGCAUAUUGCGGAGGAUUAUUUGCGGUUUGCGGUUUGUAAGGAGGAUCAUGUUCUUGAGACGGCUAAGGAGAGGUUGAGGGGAUUGAAGAAGUAUAUUGUUAGGUCUGAGUGAGGGAUCUAGGUGUAGGUAUAGAGGAUGGAUUAUAGGCGUGGUGUGUUAUAUCAUGGUAGAUAGACAAAAUGAGCAUAUUCAAAGUUAAACAAUAUUCGUUAUCAGCCUAUAAUAAAUACAAUCAUGUCACAUUAUCCUUACAAAGAAAAAGGGAAAACAAAAACCAACUUGCUCCGUAAAGAAAUAGAGAACUCCCACCUAAUCAAGAACCCGUCUCAGUCUCAACAUCAGGCUCACGGCCCGUCAAAUCACCCAUACCAAAUUUCUUCUUCGCCUUCCUGAGCGCAAAAGUGGCCUCAUCCUUUGCAAACAGGGCAUUUCGAGCUGGUUUCCACUGCAUCAAACCACGUUGUUGUCUUUGCUCGGUACGUCUAUUAGCCUUGUUACCCGAUUUGGAUAACUGUGGUUGUGAGUCGUUGGAGCUGGCAUGAUCCUGGAUAGAUGGUGCGGUGAUAUUCUCGUCACCAGAGGCGGUGGUAUCACUACUACAGUCAUCAUCACUUGCGGCACGGCCGUGAGAAUCAAUAGCGCCGGAAGUGUAAUGUUUACUACGGGAUCCGUCCGGGCUCAGUUGUUGUUCAUCGAUGUGAUCUUUGGGAUCUUCGCCGAAUGAGCCGCUCCAGUCAAUUCCAUCUCUGCUGAUCCAGCGUUGACGUUCCUUGGGAUCAAUGUCGCGGAGGACAUCGCGGCCUGAUACUAGAGAUUUCUCGUGGAGUUCUUGGAUGUUUUCUGGGGUAUGGGCUACGACACGACGGCCGCGAACGCCUUCGGCUAAGCAUGCUUCCCAUGUUUCGAAUGUCUCGCGCGAGUUGUUAUCUAUGGCGAAUUUCUCGUGGGAUUCGUCCAUGCCAGCUGAGAAUAUACCUGUGAAUUGAAGUCGACCAACUUCGGUCAAGUCCUCUAAACAGUCCAGGUUGAGCGAUUUGUAGUUUUCUUCCGUGAUAUAGUUCUGAAUCAAGCGGCUGGGGCGUUUGCUUGUCCAGAUUGGUAUAUCAAUCUGCGUCUCUUCGUUGUCGACGAGAUGCUGCAACCACAAAACGGCGUAUGCUGCAGCACCGCGCUUGCUUGCGACAUGGAAUUCAAAUACAACCGGUGAGCGGUAGCGGUACUUGACUGGUAAGCGUGGUGAUAUUACAGAGUCUGAAAACUCGAUAUAUUGUCCUCCGUUUCCGUCACUCUUGCAAGCAGAUCGUGGUAUUUUCCCGGUGCUGCCACCAGUUCGCAACCGAAUCUUAGCAGCAUGUCCAUAAUUUUUCAAUGCUAUACGGUUUGCCGGGAACUCAAAGGUACCAACGUCCCAUCCAAGCAUAUUCGGAGGAAGCUUGGUUUCCACGCUUCGGAAGAGCAGAGAGAUUCUGAUACGGCCGAAGCCGAUUCCUCCAUCAAGUGGAUACCAACGCGUCACUUGGGACGAGGUCCUCAUCAAGUCGGAUAGUCUCAGGCAAACCACACCGAGGAUUGGGUCGUGCUCACGAUGUCGUGAGUCACGGACAGUCACUGUGACUACUGCAGAGCGCCAGUCACGUACGAAUCGUUCUGUUCCUGCAUUGAAGAUAGGCUUGCUGCUGACUG